UAGCUGGAGAGGUAAUUACUAUGCAUACUAUCAGCUGUGAUGACAUUGCACAUCCACAGGGACUUGCACUACACAGUUUACCCGAGACAAUGUCACGAAUAUAUAAGGACAGGAACAGCCGUUGCCCAACAUGGAAUCUGGAGCCUCACAUAAACACCAUCUUAUCACCAUCAUACUAUCAAAAGUAACCAUGAAGUCCCUCUUCCUCACACUCGGUCUGCUCAGCCUUAGUGCUUUGGCUCUUGCAGAUAAAUGCGGUGACGCCAACUAUGAUCCCAAGAGCUACAUCUGCCACAAUGGAAACUUCCUAUGCCCCGUGGUCAACGGCGAGGGUCUAUCAUACUGCAACGGUGCCUGCUACUCCAAAUUCAUGUACCAGUGCAACUCGGGAGUCCUGAGCCAGCUUCCAUUCCUGGAACAGGGCUCCAAGUUCACCCUGACGGCCUGGAACCCAGCCCUGCCCCAAGUGCACGGCAAGUCCAUUGCCAACUCGGGCCGCCACUGGUGGGUCGGCGGCGAGACGGUCAGCUACUGCCCCGACGUCGUCAAGGACCAGGGGGGCUGCCCGCCGGGCAACGUCACCUCGAUGGUCUACUCGGGCGGCAUGAACACUGUGGUCCCCGGCGGCCAGGGGUACUACCUCAACGCCAACUGGAACGUCGAGAUCACCCAGGCCCACUCGGCCUACAUACCCCUGGGAAGCACCCUCGGCGGCCUCGUGGCGUACAAGGAUGGAGGAUUCAUCAACACAAACGGCCAGCCGACCGGCUGGGUCGCCUGCCCCGGCACCGCGAGUGGCGGGGGUGGCAGCGACGGGCGGUGGAACCUCGUUGCGAGGAACGCUUCGUCUGCCGAUGCGCUCAGUGGCUGCACCGGGAUCAACCUUCAGGUCAACUACCUCGGUGACUCGAGCACACCGGCUUCGGUCUGGCAGUAUAUUUAAAGAGCUGGCUGUAACAGCAGCUGGAUCUGGCUGUGUGUGACAGUGGGAACGUAAUGAAUCGCUUGAUGAAAUGAAAAAGAAACUUGUGGUGAUGCCAGGGCUUGUUGAUAUAAACUCUCCUCUAAUUUAUAGCUUUGGGAUAGAAUUAAUGAGCUACGUCUUACAGCAUUCAAGAUUUUUUUGAAGUACCGAAAGUUGUGAAAUGCCACAAUACGGCACAACAGGAUUACCUCCGCGUAAUAUUUUCACAAUUACAACAUUGAUGCAAUGUUUACACAACCAAGCCACAGUAGACCCCAAGGGCCGAGAGGUCAAUAUGUUGUGAAACCUGCGCCUUUUAUGUGGGAUUCGGGGGUUUCCUGAUGCGGUCCAACCAGGCCCAACACAUACUUCGCCCUAUCACUGCUGGGCAAAGUUCAGCACCGUCUUGCAAAACUCCUCAAAACCAUCCACAAAGACGGCAUGUCCAGCAUUCUUGAUGACCACCAAAUCGACCUUCUUGUCCUCCUUGCCGUUCUUCCGGAAGCUCUCCUCGAUACCCGCUCUCAACUCCUCCAUCUUGACGGGCAGAUCGGCGUCAUUCUCACCGACAAUCAACAACGCAUCCUCACAGCCCUUGCCCACCUCAGGCAGCAACGGCCGCAGGUCAAACGACCGACUCCGCAGCGCAGCAGCGCAGGCCUCGAACCCACCGACCGACGUCUUGCGCAUCAGGUCGCGCAUGCGGCCGGCCUCGGCCUCCUCGGCCUUGAGCCAGUCGUUGCCGAACCAGCGCUCCAGCGUGGCCUGGACCUGGGCGUCGACG